AUGAAAUAUACACUGCUACUUAAUUUGAUAUCGUGUGCCCAGGCACUGUUGAAGCUUGAUUUUGAGAAAGUUCCAGAGCAGAAUCUAGCAUUGAACAAGAGAGACGACAAAGGUUUGCAAUUGGAGCUCGAAAACGGUGGUCUCUUGUAUGCAGUUCAGUUGUCAGUUGGAACACCACCGCAAAAUAUUACUGUACAGUUGGACACAGGCUCUUCGGAUUUGUGGUUCACAAGCGAAGCUAACCCAUACUGUAAAAACAAUAGAAAACACAGUCCUAAAAAGUCACAAAUAGAACCACUAAAUGAUGCCGAUUAUCCAACUUCUCCUAAUCAAAUACCCAAAUCUUUAAGAGAUAUCGACUGUAAGGCGUUUGGGUUUUUCAACACAAGUAAGUCUUCGACUUAUAAAAAUAAUGGUACCAAUUUUACACUAAGCUAUGCUGACACUACUUUUGCAAGUGGUCCAUGGGGAGUUGAUACUUUAUCUUUCAAUGGCGUGAAGGUUGAUAACGUCACGUUUGGCUUGGCUGCUUUCUCAAACUCGACUACUCCAGUCUUUGGAAUUAGCUUGCCAGCUAGAGAGACAACAAAUCAACUUGCUGCCAAUGGCUCUAGAAUUGGUCCUAACUCUUACGAAUAUUCUAACUUUCCUAUGCUACUUAAGGAGCAAGGUAUUGUUAAGAAGAUUGCAUAUUCUGUGUAUCUAAAUGAUACACGCUCCAAAUAUGGGUCUAUUUUAUUUGGUGCUGUUGAUCAGAGCAAAUAUAUCGGAACAUUGUAUACCUUACCUUUGGUAAAUUCCUUGUACAAACAAGUAUCAAAGCCAUUUCAAUUUGAAAUAACACUUAAUGGCAUUGGAUUGCAGACAGCAGACAAGAACUACACCUUAUAUGACCAGAAAUUAGCGACAUUGUUAGACACUGGAGUUACAACUUCUGUGUUACCAGCAAAGGUUGCAGCACUUGUUGCAUCAAAGGUAAAUGGUACGAUUGAUGAUGACAACGGCUUCAUUAAGUUAGACAAGUGUCCUAACAAGAAAGAAAAGCGGACCGUGGUCUUUAACUUUGGCGGAGCUGAAAUUAGUAUUGAUAUUCGUGACUUGACAAGAAAAAUUAAAGGUAAAUGCUAUUUGCAGAUGCAAGCCAGAGAUGACAUUGAAUUUGCAGCAUUGGGUGAUAUUUUCCUAAGGCAUGUUUAUGUGGUUUACAAUUUGGAAGACGAAGAAAUUUCGAUCGCUAAUGCAAACUUUAACUACAGCACUCCUGAUAUCCAAGAAAUUGUUAGCACUGUACCUGGUGCAGUGAAAGCUCCCCAGUAUUAUAAUACAUAUUCGGUAUAUCCAACUGCGACUGCGGUUACUGGAGAUGUAUUUACACCGGAAGCAACCAUGUCCAUGUCCAACAAUUCGGUUGCUCUCCGUAAGAGAACUACAUUAAAACCACUGAGAUGA